AUGUAUUUUUUCCAUUUCAGAAGCUAUACUAAAAGCAAAGCACUGUUACUGUUGAUUGUGGGUAUAAAGAUGCCUAUCAAGAAGCAUCAUGAAACACCUGCUGAAAGACUUCAACGCUACUCUCAAACAGGCCAGUAUUUGGCUCAAAAGUACUUUCAUCGUACCUUUUCUGGUUCUCACCACCCAACAUCCACACUAGCUCUAACCGGUGAGCAUGGUGUUCCUCUUUCCAACUACAUGAAUGCCCAAUACUAUGGUGAAAUACAGCUCGGAACACCUCCUCAAACUUUUACAGUAGUCUUUGACACGGGUUCCUCUAACCUCUGGGUUCCUUCCACCCACUGUAACUCUAUUUCUUGUUUCUUCCAUAAACGUUACGAUUCUUCUCAAUCCGAAAGCUUUGCUGAAAAUGGUACUGAAUUCAAAAUUCAAUACGGUACUGGCUCACUUGAAGGUUUCAUCAGUCAAGAUGUAUUAAAAGUAGGUGGCAUUAAGGUGGAAAAUCAAGGGUUUGCUGAAUCAGUCAAAGAACCAGGUUUUACGUUCGCUUUUGCAAAAUUUGAUGGUAUCUUGGGCAUGGGCUACGAUACCAUUUCGGUUCAGCAUACUGUGCCACCGUUUUACCACAUGGUGAAUCAAGAUCUCGUUGAUGAGCCUCUUUUCAGUUUCUGGUUAGCUGAUAGUGGUGACAGUGAAGGCGGUGAACUGAUGUUGGGCGGUACAGAUCCUCGCCAUUAUCGUGGUGAACUGAUAUGGUCAGAUGUGCGUCGUAAAGGAUAUUGGGAAAUCACUUUAGAAGACAUCAAGUUCGGCGGCGAGUAUAUCAAUCUGGACACAGUGGGUGCUGCUAUAGAUACCGGUAGCUCACUUCUUGUUGUACCCACAACAGUCGCAGAUUUAAUCAAUCGAGAAUUGGGAGCCGAAAAGAACUGGGCAGGCCAAUAUGUUUUGGAGUGCAAUAAGGUGCCUGACCUGCCUGAAUUCUGUUUCGUAUUUUCUGGACAUGAUUUCUGUUUGAAAGGAGAAGAUUACGUUUUGCAAGUACAAAACCAAUGUAUUUCAGGUUUCAUGGGCAUGGAUAUUCCAGCACCUGCUGGCCCUCUUUGGAUCGUAGGAGACGUCUUCCUACGUAAAUUCUACAGCGUUUAUGAUUUGGGUAAUAAUCGUGUAGGAUUAGCCCCUGCCAAGUAG